CCUGAUGGUGUUUGGAAGACCGUGUUAUAAAUUUUAAAUAUUUUGCUUUUUCAAAAAUAAGGAAUGUAAUAAAUAUAUUGAUUUUUUUAUACUUAGUAAAAUUCAUUAGUUAAAAGGUUUAUAAUUUUCGAUUGUUUUGUGUUAUGUCUUAUAUAAAUGCUUACAAAAAUCGGUCUACCAACAAUGGUACGUCCGAAGACGAAAAACAAACUCUAUUGGUUUUUGGAUAUUCGUGUAAAUUAUUCAAAGAUGACGAAAAAGCUCUUUUCAUUGACCAAGGGAAGCAUUUGAUACCUUGGAUGGGUGAUGACACGUUAAAAAUAGAUAGAUAUGAUUGCCGUGGGGCUUUAAGUGACCUACAGUCUGUAGAAGCCUUACCGUUUGGUCAAAGUCGAUGGGAAGGUUUGACAGCCGAUGAAAAGAAAAUUGAACAACUAUGCGACGAAGAAAGGUAUAAAUCUCUCAAUGAUAAGAGUGAAGAAGAAUCAAUUUAUCAAGAGGAAGAACUUAAACGACUCCAUCAGGCUUUAAAUAAUGAUGAAAAAGAAUAUGGGCAAGUUGGUUAUAAAUAUGAGGAUGAAUCUUCAAACAUAUCUGAACUAAAAACUGCAGAUGAUACAGAUUAUGAUCCUGAAUUAGAAGAAGCUUUUAUUCCACCGAGGGAAUUAGAAAUUCCUUCUAAUAUGCAUGUGCCCCCAACAAAAAAAUUAAAUGCUAUUAUUGAAAAAACAGCAUUGUUUAUAUCUAAGCAUGGAGCACAAAUGGAAGUUUUGUUGAAGGCUAAACAAGCACAUAAUCCUCAGUUUGAAUUUUUGUCAUACGACAGGCCACUUUACCCCUAUUAUCAACAUGUACUUUCAGCUAUCCGGUCUUGCCGUUAUAACCCUACACUUGCUAAUGAUAGUGCAGAAGAUUCAUUAGAUUCCUCAAAUGAAGAAAGUUACCUUCAUCCAAGCCUAUUAAAAAGUGCAAAACAACCAGAAACGACGCCAUUUAUACCAAACAUAACAUACAAACCUUCUGCUGACUGUUCAUACUCAUUACUGGUAAACAAAAUUAAAGAGAAACAAUCUGCAAUGCCUGUAGAGGAAACCAUUAUAAAUGAAGUAGAAACUCCUUCCAUAAAUGUAACUACAUCAGAGUUUGAUGGACUUACUAAAUCAGCUAGACGGCGGCUGAAAAAAAAAUUAGUUUCUCAAUCUACAUUAAAUGCUUCAAAUUCUCCAGAUACAGAUGAUAAUGAAAUAAUAGAUGAACUAAGCUCAGUUGAGGCAACUGCUAAUACUAAGUCAGAAUCGGAAAUUUCCAAUCCAGUUCAACAAAAUGUUUCAGUUGGUAUUGAUGUGCCGCCUAAUGAUUUACAAAUCAUUAUUGACAAAAUGGCUUCUUAUGUGACAAAAAACGGAAAACAGUUUGAAGAAACUGCUCGAAAAAGACAGGAUCCAAGACUGAAAUUCCUGGAGCCUGAUGACUGUUUUAAUGCAUAUUAUACUCAAAAGCUUAAAUUGUAUGCCACAAUUAAACGAUUAGAACAAACGGCUCCAUUAAAAUUAAAUGUGGAUUCUAAAUCAAAUUCCAAAUUACCUGUGUGUUUUUCACUAAAAAAACAAAAAGAAUCUGAAGCUGUAGAGAUAAAAAAAAGUGCUCUUGAAGAUAGUUCUAACGAAACAAGUGAUGAUGAACAUAAAAAAGAUCGUAUUGAUACAACAGAAUUAAAUCAUAUUAAAUUAAAUAAAUCUUCCUCUGUCAAAAAAAAUCUAUUACAAAAUACAGCUAAAUUAGCUGAAGAAAGAUUAAAAGACAAAUUAGCUAUGGCAGCAAAAGAAAAACUUUCUAUGCUAGAAAGAGAACGUACCAAAAAAGAAAAAGAAAAAAUUCAAGCUGAAAGAAAAAGAAAAGCUGCGCAAUUUUUGGCUUCUAUGAAAAUAAUAUCAUCAUCUUCAACAAAUUCAAAUGCCACUAAGCCUAAUGAAAAGCCAGACACUCAAAUUUUAGAUUUGCCAGUUCAAACUUCUGUUGUGAAUACUGUGGAUCAGACAACUUCUAUAGAUGAAAAAAAUGGUUUACUAGAUGAUGUAAAGGAUUUAAACAAUCAACCACUGUCUUCCAAAGUACAAGAAAUAAUAUCUAUUGGUUCUAGUGAUGAAGAUAUAUCUAAUGAUGGUCAUUUAAAUAAAAAUAUAAAUGGAAAUAAAAGUAGUAAAUUAUCUUUACAGUCCAGACUCCAAGAAACAUUAUCUAAAGAUAAUAAACGCAAAAACAUAGAAAGGUAUGAGAUAGAAAAAGAUAAUUACAAACGAAUAAAGAAUUAUGAUGAAAGUAAAGAAAAAACCCCAGAUCAUCGGUAUUCAUCUCGUGACAGAGAUCGAAGUAGUAGACGAUCAAAAAAGUCUCAUUCUAGUCAUCAUAGUUCUUCAAAAGAUCACAAAAGAGAACGAGGUAGUAGACGAUCCAAACAUAAACAUAAAUCAAAAAAGUCCAAGAAACAUUCACGAAGUCAUAAUUCAGAUUCAUCAGAUAAUAGUUCCAAUACAAACAACAGUCGUUUUUCAUGAUUUUAUUUUUUUUUAAAUGGUAUUCAAUAAUAUAACCUUAAGUUCAAUGUAUAUACUUGUAAAUGUAUUGAUGUAAACUUUAUUUAUGUUUAGUAUAUUGUUAACGAGCUUCAUUCUUUGUAUUAUAAAUCCAACUUGUAAUUAUAUUACUAUUUAAACCAAUAAAUGAUACUAUUUUGAGUAAUUA